CUUUCUUGGUUCCUCUUCAUUUAAAGAAUAAAAUCGAGGCCGUUCAAUUACUCCUCUUCCCUAAAGCUUUAUAAAAUCGUGCGCACUCGCAGUUUCCCUUCCAUCUUCUGCUCUCUUGCGCACUCGCACGUUCAGAUUCUCUUUCUCUCCCUCUCUCUCUCUCUCUGUAAAGCCUAUCAAGAUAGUGGCUUCAGCUCCUCAUCUAACAAAAGGAAAAUGGGAGAAGCUGCGCCUGCCGUGAUGCCGGAAACUCCGCUGCCAAUGCCAGCAGUGGCUUCACCGGAAAAAAUCUCUCUAUACGUUGGAGAUCUCGACGCUGGGGUGUCAGAGGAAGAUUUGGUGGGCACGUUCGCUUGCUUUGGAACCAUUCUCUCUACGCGUGUCUGCCGAGAUCGCAGUUCAGGCGAGUCCCUCCGCUACGGUUACAUCAAUUUCACUUCCAAAUCAUGUGCCGAGAAAGCAUUCCAAGCGAUGAAUCACGUCGUUCUAAAAGGGAAGCCCAUGAGGAUCAUGUGGACUGAUCGGAACCCCAUUGGAAGGAAGAAUGGGGUUGGCAAUCUUUUCGUUAAGAAUCUUGAUGAAUCGAUUGGUGGAGUGGAGCUCGAGAAGUUGUUUAGACCUUUUGGUCAGGUAGUUUCUUGCAAGUUGCAGCUGGAUGAGAAUGGUCGAAACAAGGGUUUCGGAUUUGUUCAAAUGAAUAACGAAGAGGCAGCCCUAUCCGCCAUGACAGCUCUUCAUGGGACAGUCCCCGUUGGUGCCUGCAAGAAGCUCUACGUCGCAAAGUUUGUUAGAAAGUUUGAGAGGAAAGAAACGUCGCAACGGCCACGGGGCGGCAGCAAUCUUUACAUCAAGAAUCUUGAAAAGGACUUCUCAAGUGACAUUCUUCGAGAAAUUUUCUCUGAAUUUGGGAUAGUGAACAGUGCUGUCGUUAUGAAAGAUGAAAAUGGAAAGUCUAAGGGCUUUGGAUUUGUUAGUUUUGAAUCACCAGAGAACGCCAAAAAGGCAAUGGAUAUUAUGAACGGUGCAAAACUUGGAUCAAAGAUACUUUAUGUGGGGCCAGCUCAGAAGAAAGUUGAGCGAGAGAACAUGAGGAAGAAGUUGCUGAAUAAUGCAGAUAGCCAGCAACUCAAUAAAAUACAGGGUACCACUGUCUAUGUGAAGAACUUAGACGAUUCCAUUAGUGAUGAGGCCUUGCAAGAACGUUUUGCUUCAUGUGGGAAGAUACUGUGGUCAAAAGCAUGUCGUUAUGGUAACGGACGGUGCAGAGGAUAUGGAUUUGUGUGCUUUUCUUCAUUUGAAGAAGCUAGCAAAGCUGUUGUUACACUUAAUGGGAGCAAAUUAAAUGGGAAGCAUCUAUACGUUGCCAUUGCACAACAAAGAGAAACUUGCUUCAACUCUUCGCAGUGCCAGCGUUCUUCGACCUUUAAUUGCCCAUUUAUAUCCCACCCACCUUACUACAUCGAACUAACUCAUGACGUGGCAUCCGUUUAUCAGCCCUGUAGAAUAGGUUUACCCAUGGAAAACCGAGCAUUCCAACAUCUCACCGCCGCACCUUUGGUUUAUUCCCCAAACGAGCAUGUUCGACCUUAUUUGAGGCCCACUGACAUGAUUGCCCCGCUAAGGCCAACAUGCCAUGCUCCUGUCAAUUCGCCAAUGAAUCCUAUUAUGGUUUGUCUACCACAAGAAACAUUUUAUAUGCCGCAGGAAGGAUAUGAGGAUGACUAUUAUCUGAAUCAGAGAUAUCUUCACCCUUCGAGAUAUGGAAAAGGGAUAAAGAAGACACAGAAAGUUCAGCUUCAGCAGCCAAGUGGUAAUGGAGUAAAGAGAGCAUUUAGCAACACUGUGCCCCGAGAUCAGCAGGCUUUGUUGAGCAAGCUUGAUAAAUUAGAUCCUCAGCUGCGAAAGUCUACGAUAUUGGAAUUUCUCUACUGCAAUGUACCAAAGCUGGAGCCUAAGCAUGCAUCGGCGAUAGCCAACAUGUUGCUGGAAAUGAGUAGCACCAGAAUCCAAGAGAUUUUGUCUAAGCCUAAGGUGCUAGCUCAACUGGUCAAGGAGACUACUGCUAAAGGACAGAGAGUUGAAGACCAAGUUCCAGCAUCCAAGGCCCCGCAGCUGACUGAGAUCUGAAGGCUAGGUUUCUGCUCCAACAUUUUAGAAUAUGUUAAAAGGCAAACGAUGAUUUCCAAAGAUUUUGGAGUGAAUAAUAGUUUCUGAUUAGUUUGCUACAAUUUCUUUUUUUUCAAACAUUGUUGCUUCUGUUUUUCUUGCUUUGAUUUGCCAUCCUUGUUUCGCUAAAGCUGAAUGGUAAUUUCAACAACUAUUAAGUGAGAAAAUCCGAAAAUCCGGCUGUACUUGUGAGGUUUUUCUUACCAUGUCUCCUUAAGUGGCACAAAUUUUGUUGCUACGGUACAUUCCACUGACACCGAUGAAUUAAUAUCAAAGCAAUGUAUCUUAC